CAACGUCGUCUGGUCGCUCUGCUCGCGCUACACUCAGAGGCGACGUUUCGUCAUCUAGACGGGGAGUAUCUCGAAAACUGUAUUCCGCGGACCGUACCGGGCGGACUUAGAAGUGUAUGUUUGUGUGGUUUCUAGAAUAAAGGAAAUAUAAGAGUGAUCAGAAUUCGUACUAUUGCGUGCCAUGCCCUGGUGCAAUGUGGAAUUAUGUGGCAGCGGCUCGAGGUGACCCACACCGACGCUCCAGGUCGAUCUUCACGGUGCAAUCGGUCAGAGCGAGCAAGGCCGGGCCUGGACCGUGCAGGGACGGCCUUACUUCGACGUCCUCCAACUGUGCGACGCAACCUUUGACCGGGUAUAGCAGGAAAGAUGGCCUCACGAGAGGUUAUUCCAAGAACGAAUUCAGCGCCACCUCGAAUUUAUCUCGCGAUAGUUCUACAGACAGGCUUGCCGAAAUCCAAAUCAACACUCCACUCACUGGAGGCCAUCAUUCGACCUCCGACACCCCAUCACAGGAGAAUAACCAGCAGCAACGCCUCUUGUCGGCAGUUCGAAGCAGGCUAGGUCAAGUGGUGGAAUCCCUGAGAGCAGCCGUCAGAUUCCGCAGGCUGUCAAGAAAGGAGUCGCCCAGCUGGCUAUUCGACAAGAGCCACCAGGAAGCCUCGGCGGAAAAGGACGAUUUCCAGGGCCCGAUUUGCAUGGGCCACAGGAUCGUUGUGAAUCCCACGUUGCCCUCGCAUUAUGUCGUGAGUAUUUCUGGGGGUUUUCAUGCAGGGUUUGUAUGA